AAGGAGUGGGAUUCUUGUCGCGAUGUGGAGAGGUCGAAGGCUGAGCUCUCGUGGGGUUCGUUUUUUAGGAACGCUUGGGUUUGGGUGUCCCAGCGGAGUAGCCCAGCCUCCUCGUGUAACUUCAUGGUCGGUUAACUCAGGGAAUCAGCUCACUAGGAAUCUACAGAUUAAGCCAUGGGAAUUCAGUGAACACAGGACCAUGUGGUUUAGAUCCUACAGCAGGACUUUUUCCUGUUUGAUCAGAAUAAAAACUGACAGGUUCCCUUGGAAAAGCUUAUACAGCACUUCACAAACAACAGUUGACAGCAAGGAGGUAAAAACCUUCCUGGCCCUGGCUCACAAGUGGUGGGAUGAGCAAGGAAUAUUUGCACCUCUUCACUCUAUGAAUGACCUGAGGGUGCCCUUCAUUAGAGAUAAUCUUUUGAAAAAAAGUGCUAAUCACCAUCCAGGAAAGCCUUUGUCUGGGAUGAAGAUUCUUGACGUUGGCUGUGGCGGUGGCUUACUAACGGAACCUCUAGGGCGACUGGGGGCUUCAGUUACCGGAAUCGAUCCCGUGGCUGAAAACAUUAAGAUAGCACAGCACCAUAAGUCAUUUGAUCCGGUCCUGGAUAAGAGGAUACAGUACAAAGUGUGUUCCCUGGAGGAGAUUACGAAUGAGGCUGCAGAAGUUUUUGAUGCUGUUGUGGCUUCUGAAGUUGUGGAACAUGUGAUUGACCUUGAAUUGUUCGUACAGUGCUGCUAUCAAGUAUUAAAACCCGGGGGCUCUUUCUUCAUCACUACAAUCAACAAAACACAGCUGUCCUACGCUUUGGGCAUUGUUUUCUCAGAGCAAAUCACCGGCAUUGUUCCCAAAGGCACUCACACUUGGGAGAAGUUUGUUUCACCUGAGAAGCUAGAGAGUAUUCUGGAACCAAAUGGUCUGCCAGUUCAAACUGUGGCAGGAAUGAUCUACAAUCCCUUUUCAGGUUACUGGCAUUGGAGUGAAAAUACCAGCCUGAACUAUGCAGCGCAUGCUGUGAAAUCCAGUGCGUGGGAACACCCAGAACCUGCUGAGUCUGCUUUAAAGGAGGACACAGAAGCACUCCAGGCUAAUGCCUCCAGUAGCCCACAUGUACAUGAAGAGCUGAAAAAAUGAGAUAUCUCCGAGGACAGUAGUAAUAUGCUUAAAAGUUUAUUGUUUACAAAUUCAAAAGCUUUUUUGAGUGAGGUCCUGAAGAACAAAAGGUCAAUAAAAAUAUCUAAAUUGUUGGA